GCCCGAGAUUAAAGAGGACGGGAAGCUAAAGAGAAAACUUUAAUUUCAAUUUUGGCGUCGAUAUAAUUCAUUGAUUAUCAGUGGAUUUGGUAUAACUCAAGAUGGACUCCUCCCCUGACAUUGCACUUGUCAACUACAAGAGUCCACAUGAGUCACCAGGGCCAGGAGAGCAUUGUCCCACUGUUGAAAACAAGGAAAUUAAUCACUUAGAAGAAACACAUUGUUUGCCAUUAGAUGAUGGAAGAGACAAAUCUCGGAGUAAAAGCAAUUCUUUGGAGAGUUUAGUGAACCCCCCACCACCCUCGGAGCUAGGAGAGGCAGAGUCAGCUGUGUUGAGGGGAGACGCCAUAGGGGACACUGCUUAUACACAACGCUGGGUCCUGAAUACACUUUUGACCAUUACCAAGGCUUUGCCUGAAUACUUGGGUACUGACGAUGAGCCAGCAGAGGAAAACGACAAAAAGGCGGAAGGUGGAGAAGGGGAUCUUAUUGAAAUGAAAGAAUCAGAUGGACAGGCAGAGGGACUAAGCACCACCACCAUCCCAUCCAAGUCGGGUAUUGUAGAGUUGGCAGAGGAUGUGGAGAAUGCAGCAUGCCAGCUGUGGGACAUGACAGCAGAGAAGGAUGUUGUCUUGCAUCUCCUGGAGUUCGGGGCUUUCGACAUCCUGCAUCUGGCAACGGAUAUUAUCACACUCUCACGGGCACCUAGGCUCACAGAAGUGGUAGUGGGCGUUGUGGCCAAUAUAUGCUGCCAGGCUGAGGGUUGCGUGAAAGUCAUCGAACACAAAGCCCUCCUGUCCUCCUGCUUGAACUUAUUGCAGUCCACGGAUGAUGUGCCAACACUGGUGGAGUGUCUGAGGCUCUUGCAACUAAUGCUCUGGCAUGUGACUCACCGUGUGAAGCCAGAGGACCGCUCAAAAUGCCCACUGGUGUUGGCACUUAAGGGCCAGGAAGCAUUGAAGUUGGCACUUAUUUUCAUCCUGAAGAACAGUCUGAGUGAUACUCUCCUUAGUUCUCUGAUGCAGUUUCUUGAGGCAUUGAUGUACAUCUGGCUUCCUAAUGACCAGUGCUAUAUGGCUGCUGACUAUACGGAGUCUGGGCUAGUGGAAGGCGUGGUGGAGGUGAUGCGUCAAUUUCUCAAGCUGUCGGAAGUGAGUGGCAGUCAAGAGUUGCCAAAGGAAGUUCAUAGUGGAGUGCUCAUCCUGUACAGCUUUGUUGCCACACCUGCUGCACAUUUAAUUAGCAGCUUUGAUCAGUAUGAAUCUCUUUUGGAGCCCAUUUUGGUAAGUUAUGUGGAGCACCUGGUCAAGGUAGAGGACGUAGAGGAGCUUUUUGUGGAGGAGAGCAGCGACAAGCUCACCUAUACCCUGGGUCUACUAGAGCUCCUUGUGCCUACCAUGAGACACUCCAACAUCCUGCUGGCAGUAGGCAAGCUCUUGGCCCUCACUCAUGGGGCCACACACCACUACACACAUCGGCAGACUUCACAAGAUUCUACAAGUGAUCAAAGUGAAAUUGUUAGUCAAAGCACCAAAGUUAGACGAAAGCGCAUUAGCAGAAGUAGAAGCAGAAGAAGCAGAACAUCACAAGAGGACAAAAUGGAGACAGACCCAGCUGACCACGACAGCCAGAAAGGAGAAUCGGUACGCGUGGGUGACAGGCAGGCACACGUGAAUGUCCGGCAGGUGAGCCAGGAGGGGGGCAGUCGCGGGAGGAGCGGAUCCCCGGGACCUUCAGGGGGGAAAAGCAGAGACAGGGCAGCAGCUAUUCUAGGAGCUGGCCCAAGCUGUGCAGCUGUAGGUGGGGAUGAUGUCUUCACAGCUGAUGACAAAACUGAGGAGAAUGCAAUAAGCAGUGAGGACAGAAGGGCUAAACUUCACAGUCUGAGAGAUAGUGUAACAGAUUAUUGUGUCAGAGUAAUAAAAUGCUGCCCAGACUUAGGAGCAGUUCUCACAGCUCUUAAUGAAUGCCAUGCACAUGAGGUGCAACUUUUCUUCCGUGUUGUGCGAUCAAGGGAACCCUUGCUUGUUGGACAGCUGCAAGAACAGUUGCUGGACACAGGGUCUCAUAACCGUCUUGUUACCAUACUGUCUGAUAUGUAUGCCUGACAAAGUGCAAAGUAGUAAAAUUUGUUUAAAGGUAUUUCAUUGUAUUUCUCACUCACUCACACACACUCUCUCUCUCUCUCUCUCUCUCUCUCUCUCUCUCUCUCUCUCUCU